AUGCUUAAAAUAAGAAUCAUAACUAGUAGAAUUAAUAUGAAAGCUAUAUGUUUUUAGAAAUAUACUAUUGCAAUCGUUUAUUAAUAUUUCUAAAUGGUCCUAAAUUUUAAUGAUUCUACAGGUAGUAUUAAAAACAUUCAAUUACAUCCUAACUUAGAUUAUAUAGCUUCUGUUUCUUUAGAUAGAUAUUUGAGAUUACAUAGUGUUUUGUGGUCUUCUGAAAAAAUUAUCGAAUAAUAAGAAGGAGAUGAUUAUGAAAAUGAAAAACAAGAUAGUUAGAAUCCAAUACAAGAAAGUAAUGAGGAAGAUGAUUUUGUUAAAGAAGAAAACAAAUAACUAAAAAAAGUGGAAAGAAGAGAAUUGGAAAAGAAAAAUUGUGAUAAGGCCUUCUAUAUUAUUCCAACUACUCUAUCGAAAAGAUCAGCAGGAAUAGGUAUAGGAAAAAAAAUAGACUUUUCUUAAACUUAAAUAGAUGCCCCUUCACCAGGAUCUUAUAAUCCAAAAUCAGUUUUUGAUCUUGAAAUAUCGAUUAGUAAAGGAAAAAAGUUCGGACUUUCACGGGAAAAUGUUAUCGACAAAUCAUAUAUUAAAAAAAAUAAUUAUUUUGUCCCUGGACCAGGGCAGUAUAAAUAAAAAAGUUCUUUAACUAAAUAAGCGUUUUCAAUAAGACCAAAAACACCUGAUAUAAACAAUCCAGUAUUCCUUGGUGGUAAAAAUGGAUAACUUUAAAAUCCGGGACCAGGCUAUUAUAAAACUUUUAAUAUAAUAAAUUAAAAAGGAAAGUAAAUUAUAUCAAAAUAUGAAAGUUCGAAAGCAGCUUGUUUCAAUCCACCAAUAUCGAACAGAUUUUAAUAAAAAAAAAAUAUUUUCCCUGGUCCCGCAACUUAUCCAUAAAAAUCUGAUUUAGAAUUAAUUUUAAGCAAUUAUAAAAAUAAUGGAAAAUGUGUUAUUUUACAAUCCUAAAGAUUUUCAUUUACUUAAGAUAGAGCAAGUAUAUCACCAGGGCCUGGAAGUUAUAGAUUACCAAGUGAUUUUGAUUGUAUUUAAGUUAAAAAGUUUAUUUUCAAUUUAUUAUUCAACGGUGUCAGAAUAUUGUCAUCAAAAUUCAGUCAAGUAGAUUAACGUCAUAGCUUUAAGCUCAGACGUCGUGAGACUAUAGAAUCAUCAAUUUGA